GCUGCCCUCUUGUCCACCACCUCGACAUCCAAGAGUGACUCAAUUGCCAAUCAAAGCAACGACGACCUCGACGCAGCCAGUUUUGGACAUCUUGCAAGACAGCAAAUCACCCACACUGUUGGACAGCCCUAAUCCAGCGUCGUUCCCAUCGAGCAACCCAUCCCAAGAAGCUGGACCGCUCCAGCACCCCGCCCUGCUCGCUCGCCUGACUUCUGCCAACAGUCACCCAAUCACCGGCUGUACUACUCCAGCAUCCGGCUCAAUUGUUUGAAUCUAGCCACCAUCAAGUCUGGAUGCUACCCUCAUCACCGGCGAUCUCAUAGUAUCCACUAGUCCGGCAUAGGACGAUACACACUUCCCACCACCCUUCCCGAUCCUCUCACCCGCUUCGACCAUGCCCUACCGUAUCUCACCGCAAGCAUGGUCGCAGCUGCACCACUUUGCCUCGUUCCCACAGACGGGCAUCUCCCUGCGCCAGAUGGUCCAGUUUGGCAGGAAUCCCAACCCGGGUACUAUUCUUCAAGCUGGCACCUUUCUAGCUGAGGAGCUUCCCAUUCGCCUGGCGCACAGGGUCAAAGAACUGGACGAGCUACCCAACGGCUUGAACAAGAUGCCCUCAAUCGUUCGAGUGAAAGAUUGGUACGCUCAAUCCUUCGAAGAGCUCGUCACAUUUCCCAAGCCUCGCCUUCCCAAGUCUAUCGCAGCAAAAUUUCCCUCAAAUCCUUCAUCAGCCCCAUCCACCAGCGCCUCAGAUCCCAACGGUAGCGGUGGAGGCGAGGGGAGUGGUAGUAACGGGAAGAUGAUCAUGGAUCGGACGACGACGACGAAUCCGGUGUUUGAUGAGAUGGCUAGCAUGGAGGAUGGAGCAGAAGAGGGGGAAGUGGCUGGAAGGGGUGCGUCGUGCGCUACUGUCAGUGCGAACGGUGGGAAUGGAAGCUGGACCAAGAAGAGGGUGCCGCUUGCGAAUAGGUACUACGCCAACCUGUCUGGCAUCGAGUGGCCUCCGGAGGUCAUUGACUACAAUGAGCAAUUUACGCGAUGUCUCGAGAAGAUCAAGAAGCGCCACGACGCCGUCGUCACUACGGUAGCGCAAGGCGUCCUCGAAUACAAGCGUGCCCGUGAAGGCGAAAACAUCCAAGCAGACGUACAGCGUUUCUUGGACCGCUUCUACCUUUCCCGCAUAGGCAUUCGCAUCCUCAUUGGCCAGCACAUCGCCCUCGCCCGCACGUCCCCCUCAACACCCACGACCCUCGACGGAGAUCCGCUCGGCGACUCUUCCCCUGGCACCGCCAAGGCGGGCACUGGGGGACAUGAGGACCCAGAGCAAGAGCAGUACGUGGGAAUCAUCUGCACCAACACCAACGUGGGGGCCAUGGCGCAUGAGGCGAUCGAGAAUGCUCGCUUCGUCUGCGAGGAGCAUUAUGGCCUUUUCAAGGGGCCACCCGUCCAGCUGGUGUGCCCGCGCAAUCUCACCUUCAUGUACGUGCCGAGCCACCUCAACCAUAUGCUCUUCGAGCUCCUCAAGAACUCGCUGCGUGCUGUGGUGGAGCGCUACGGCGUGGAGAAUGAGGAGUCUUUCCCACCAAUCAAGGUAGUGGUGGUAGAGGGAAAGGAGGAUAUCACGAUCAAGAUCUCUGAUGAGGGUGGAGGGAUUCCGAGGAGCGAGAUGAAUCUGGUCUGGACAUACAUGUACACGACGGCACAGAGCGAGGAUCUAGACCCGGACUUCAAUGCGUCAGACUUCAAGGCGCCCAUGGCUGGGUUUGGGUAUGGUCUGCCCUUGGCCAGGCUGUACGCGCGCUACUUUGGGGGCGAUCUGAAGUUGAUCUCAAUGUGGGUACGGGCGCGCUGGCGGCAGGCAGGUAGAGUCUAUGAGCUGACCAUCUCCUCUCGUCCUUCGUUCCCGCGCUUGACAGGGAGGGAUACGGGGCUGACUGCUACCUGAGCUUGAGUAGGUUGAGCAGCAGCAGCGAGCCGUUGCCAUGAGGCGUCAAGAGCGGCCGUUGUGACGUAGGAAUGUCUUGGG